AACAAGCCCAGUAAUGGCCGACAAUUGUCAACUGGGGGUCGAUUCUGUAUCUAAAAUAUAGUGAAAAUGCGAAAAGUGAGUAGCUCGCACGAUUCAGUAACUUUCAUCAUAGUGAAAAUGUGUGCUAUCUCACGGGAGUUUGUUCGGCAAGAAAUUUCUUGUCGAAUGGUGAGAUUCGAGUAAAAAGACUGAGAAACGAGAGAGAAACCAUAGCGUCGUGACAAUUUCAUAGAUGUGAUUUGUAACUGUUUAUAAUUGUAUCUGUUUAUAAUUUUAAGCUCGAAAAAUGGCUAUGUACAUGGCUGCUAUUUUAUUACUUGAUGAAGAGGAUGAUGCUUUUGAACGUAAUAAAAUUAUGAGAGUGACACGAAGGUUUCUCAGAAAUACAUUAGAUCCUUUCUCGGUCUCUGAUAAUGAAUUUUGUAAGCUGUACAGACUGACAAAGGAUGCAACUCGUGUGCUAAUAGAAGAAUUGGUGCCAUUUAUGCCUCAGAUAUCACGAAGAAAUGCAAUAUCUUAUGAAUUGCAGAUAUUGGCAUCAUUAAACUUUUUUGCGGCGGGAUCCUAUCAGAGAAGAGUUGGUCAAGAUUUUUUGACUAGCAUGUCGCAAACAUCAUUAAGUCGUUUUCUUUAUGCAACUGUUAAUGCACUAAAUUAUGUGAUGGACAAUUGGAUUUGUUUUCCAAAAACCGCUGACAGAAUUUAAAGAAUCAAGCAAGGGUAAUAAUUAAUAAUUCUAUGAUAUUUUUCACAAACGGUGGUUUUCCAGGGGUAAUUGGAGCAAUCGAUGGAACACAUAUAGCCAUUUUUCCACCCGAAGUUGAGAGGGAAUAUUUAUUUAUUAACAGAAUUAUUGCUAAUUCUUCCCAUAAUUCGUCCUAUAAAAAAAUAUAUUACAUUAUAUUCAUUCGUAAUUUUUAUUUGCAAUUUUUUAUUUUUAU